CGGGGAUCUCAUAUCUUUGCGGCGAAGGUGGUCUGUUCGUGUACUUCAGAGCGCAGUCAACAUAUCGACGCCGUGCAGCUCUCAUUGCCCACCUUCAUCGACCCCGUGCGGCACACAACUCCGCCAUGCCUACCCAGGCCUCGCCACAAGGCCCCAACAUUAUUCGUAUCCUCGUAGCCACCGACAGCCAUGUUGGCUACAAUGAGCGCGAUCCCGUUCGAAAAGACGAUAGCUGGAAGUCAUUUCACGAAGUCAUGUGCCUUGCCAAAGAGCACGAUGUCGACAUGGUCCUUCACGGCGGUGACCUCUUCCACGAGAAUAAACCUUCCCGAAUGUCCAUGUAUCAUGUUACUCAAUCUCUGCGCAUGAACUGCUUGGGCGACAAGCCUUGCGAGCUAGAGAUGCUCAGCGAUGCGAGCGAGAUCUUCGGUUCAGUGUUUGACCACGUUAACUACGAGGAUCCAAACAUUAACGUAGCAAUACCGGUGUUUGCUAUUCACGGUAACCACGAUGACCCAUCCGGCGAGGGACAGUAUUCCGCAUUAGAUCUUCUUCAAGCAUCUGGUCUCGUCAACUACUAUGGUCGAACCACGGAAGUUGAUCGUAUAGAAGUCAAGCCGGUGCUGCUUCAGAAAGGCGAAACAAAACUAGCACUUUAUGGACUCAGUAACGUUCGAGAUGAGCGUCUGUUCCAUACGUGGCGGAAUGGGGAGGUCAAGUUCUAUCAGCCAGGUGCUCAGACUGGGGAUUGGUUCAACCUGAUGACCGUCCACCAGAAUCACGUCGCGCACACACCCACUAGCUAUCUUCCUGAGAAUUUCCUUCCAGAAUUCAUCGAUCUGGUCAUUUGGGGCCACGAGCAUGAAUGCCUCAUUGAGCCCAGACUGAAUCCUGAAAUGGGCUUUCAGGUCAUCCAGCCAGGUUCGUCCGUCGCUACUUCUUUGAUGCCAGGAGAAGCUGUACCGAAGCACGUCACCAUCAUUAGCAUUGAUACUACCCAAGACAAGCGCAAGUUUUGGAGUGAACCUAUUAGACUGAAAUCUGUACGGCCUUUCAUUAUGAAGGAUAUUGUACUACAGGAGCAGCAAGAAGUCAUCGAUCAAAAGCUAUGGCGUGUCUCAGAGAACAAGAACAAGAUAUCGGAGAUCAUUGCGACCGUUGUCGAAGAAAUGAUUGAUCAAGCACAGCGGGAGUGGGUUGAGCUACAAGACGAUCGAGAUGAAGACGAGGACAUAGAGAUUCCUCUUCCACUUGUUCGGUUACGUGUGGAGUACACCGCUCCCGACCGUGGCGAAUUUCAGAUUGAAAACCCCCAGCGGCUCUCGAACAGAUUUCAAGGCAGGGUCGCGAACGUGAACGACGUUGUGAUGUUCCAUCGAAAGAAGAAGACAGCUACUCGUAUAGCCAAGGCAAUCGCGGAGCUACCCGACGAGUCAGCUAUGGCGGAGCUAUCGAUAGAUACGGUAAAGGUCGAACAGCUUGUCAAAGAGUUCUUGACCGCACAAUCGCUUUCAAUCCUACCACAGAACUCUUUCGGGGACGCUGUGUCUCAGUUUGUAGACAAGGACGAUAAGCAUGCCCUCGAGAACUUCGUUAAGGAGAGCCUCGAGUCCCAGCAGAAGUACUUGCUAGAAGACCUCAAUGCUGAUCUGGAUGACCUCGAGGACGUAAUAGGGAACUACAAGAGCCAGAUGGAAGGGGAGUUCGCAGCAGGCGACACAAGGCGCAAGCGCAAGACUCAGACCAAACCUAGACCAAGCGGACACGACAGUGAUGUUGACGAACAUUGGGCAGAUUUGCCAGAUGCUGGUGUUCAUGCGGAUGACGGUCAAGACGAGGAAGAGGCUCCGGCGGUUAACAGAAAACUAGCGGGUAGGGGUAGGGGUAAGGUUGGUACAACACGCCAGACUGCGGCUGCUGCUAAGAAGAACUCCGCCGCCGCCACUAAGAAAGGCCCAGCGCCGAGAACAACUAGGGGAAAGAAGACCUUUAUUGCAGUGGAAGAGAGUGAGGAGGACGACGAUGACGAUGUGAUUAUGGUCGACGAGGUCUAUCACGAGCUGCCAGAACACCCGGACUCUGGAUCAGAGGAAGAUCUCUUUGUGGGGCAAAAGAAGCGUGCAACGAAUAAAACCACCAGCAGUGCUACCCGCCCUAAGUCACCAGUAAAGAAGACAACUGCAUCUGCAACCCGGACUAAGAAAACCCCUGCAACCAAGCAGUCUACUCUCAACUUUUCUCAAACUUCUACACAGCGGGCGGCCGCGUCGCGGGCAAGUAGGGCGAUAGAGGAAGACGAAGAGGAGAUAUCGGACGAUGAAGCCUUCGAGCCGAUGCCGAGCUCUAGGGCCACUCGGAAGCGAUAUUAGAAAGGCUCCACAAGUAUGAUCAGGACAUGGCUGUAGGGUACUUUGCGCAUAGCGAGCGGCGUUUCCGUCAAUGGUGCAUGAAAACCUCAUGACUGGAGGUUCAAGGACUCCUUAACCGAGUACCAUUUAAGUUGUCGUGGACGGAUGAGGGUUGUGCAAUAUUUUGAUACUCAUGGUAACACUGGACAAAGCAUCAUCCGUAUACGUCGUAUAUGGCCACAUUCUUUUUCCACCUCGC